ACUUCCACCGCUGCGAGAAGGCGAUGGCGGCCAAAGGGGCGGACGCCACCCCCUGCCAGUGGUACUUCCGCGUCUACAAGUCCCUGUGUCCCACCUCCUGGGUGAGUCGGUGGCACCUCGGUGGCAGCUGGGCCGGGCGGGUCCCCCUCG